UGGUGGUUUAUUCGAGCUCGGAGCGUCGAGCCGAUAUUGGGAUCAGGGAGCAGGCCUGUGGAUCCGAGCGUUUAAAUAACCCGAGUCCCAGGGCUUGAAGGCCUUUCCGCCGGUCCGGACCGGACCGAGGGGGGCGGGCGGUUUGUCCCACGACUCGCCGGAGCGGGCUGUGAGGAGGAGGCUGCGGGGAUGGGGGAGAUGGGCGGGGAGGCCGAGGACCAGGCCCCGACCCAGCAGCGCCGCGAACGGUCCCGGGACGCGGCCCGUAGCCGCCGCGGACGGGAGACCGAGGUGAUGUACCAACUGGCCCAGCAGCUACCGCUGCCCCGCGGCGCCGCCUCCCACCUGGACAAAGCCUCCGUCAUGCGGGUGGCCAUCAGCUACCUGCGGCUCCGGACCCUCCUCCGGUCCGUGCCAGCGGAGAGUGGUUUGGCCGUGCACUUGAACGCCUUUUACCUCCGAGCGGUCGAUGGCUUCUUCAUGGUGCUGACGGAAGAAGGUGACAUCGUAUACCUGUCGGAGAACGUGAACAGAUAUCUCGGGCUGACCCAGCUUGCUCUGAUCGGCCACAGCAUCUUUGAGUUCAUCCACCCAUGUGAUGAGGAGGAAGUGAAGGACCUACUGAUGGCACGUCAAGUGCAAGGCCUCACAGCGAAGCGGGAGGCCCAGGCCCAGAGGGACUUCUUCAUGAGGAUGAAAUCUACGCUGGUGAACGGGAAACGGGCCGUCACCAUCAAAUCAGCAACGUGGAGAGUGCUGCACUGCACGGGACACAUACAACAAUGCGAGGUGAACCCCAAAUCUCCUUCAAACAGCGCCAUCCCGAUGUCCUUCCUGCUGAUGAUCUGCGAGCCCAUCCCUGACCCCACCAGCAUCGAGGUUCGGCUGGACAGCAAGUCCUUCCUGAGUCGGCACGGCAUGGACAUGAAGUUCACCUACUGCGAUGCACGAAUCACCGAGCUCUGUGGUCACCGCCCGAAUUUGCUGCUCGGACACACUGCCUAUGAAUUCUACCAUUCGCUGGACUCUGACCACAUGACCAAGACGCACCAAAUCUUGCUGAAUAAGGGCCAGGUCAGCUCUGGUCAGUACCGCUUUCUGGCCAAGAGUGGAGGAUAUGUGUGGUUGGAGACACAAGCCACUGUGAUCUACAGUGGGGACAACUUAAAGCCGGAAAGCAUUGUCUGCAUUAACUAUGUGCUCAGUAAGGUAGUAGAUGACGCACUCAUCCUCUCCCUGGACCAGAACACAAGUCACCAGGAACCUGCAGUCGAUCCCGGGAAAACCCAGGAGCUGCUCGCCCAGUGGAAGGACAAUCCCACUGGCGCGGAUGAGCUGGCACUAAGCUGUGUCGAUAUCAUCGUCUCCCUGGAUUUAAAAGACCGGAUGGAUUCAAGCGCGUUCCACUUUACCAGGAAACUCAUGGAAGGUGGAGAGGAGCUCUUGAUGCCCGAGGAGUUCUGCAGCCCCGCGCUCUGCAAAUUACUCUCGCCCAUCUUCAACCACCGGCUGGAGCCAGUACCCAGCGGCGGCCAAGGCACGGAACCGGCAGCACGCAACAAAUCUGGCCAGGCGGAGAGACGGGAGGCUGUGGUCACCAGGCCAAGUGACAGCGCCAACUCGGGGUUGCAGGACAUGGACCUGGAGAUGUUGGCACCAUACAUCUCCAUGGAAGAAGACUUCCAGCUGAACAGCUUUGAGUCUUUGACGGAAGGAAUCGAGGGGCUGGUGUGCCCUAAUGAUCACCCAGAGACGGAGACCAACAAGCGGCAGGACAGUCGGGGUCUGGCCAAACUGCUGACCGACUGCAAGAGCACACAACCUAACGUGUUGGGCCGCUCGCACCCAGUGCAACCUGAAGUCCUUGGUGUGGCAGGAGACCCCGGAGCCUCACAGCAGUGCAGCGGCAGUCCCAGUCAGGGCAAGAUCCAGGCGUACGGCCCCAGCAACCAGCCCCUUGUGUUCGGAGGGCCAGGAUUCACUCCGACUGUGGAGAAAGCCCUCCGUGCGAUAUUCCAGCCCCAGGACACUGCCAGUCCCAUGGAGACUGGAGUCUCUGAGUCACCCGGUAAGGAGCAGGAUGCAGCAACACCAACGUUCCAGCCCACUAACCAAUCGGACACCGGAGGCACGGAGAGUGAGAGCAGCCAGUGCACACCAUCCAAGGACAGCAGAUCACUCGGUGAGAAGAGUUUCACAGGAGACCAGAAGCAGCAGGAACUCCAGAUACGUGCCCUUUGCAGCCUGAAACGCAAGCAUGGUCCGGAGCUCAAGAAUUCGCUGGAGCUGGAUAUUUCAGGAGUUACAGAUCGUCACAGCGUUGGAACAAAGCGAGUGAGGAACAUUGUAACCAGUGCAUCCGCCAACCCUUUCACUCCAGCCCCACCAAUGAAACUGACCAUGCACCUACUCCAGACAGAGGCUUCUGAGCCCCCCCGAGCUGGCUGCUGCUGACUGUGGGGUCAGUACUCUAUUACAGAACAGCCCAGGGAGCAGAGUUAUGAAAUCACCUUGGACCAUGUCUCCCGAGGCCCUCGCUCCAACCACACAGAAUCCCCUCUCUGGCAGACAUCCCCACAGACUUCUUCCUGUGCCUCAACAGAGGCCGAGGCUUGGGUCAGCUCCUACACCUAGCUCAGAGCCGAAGUUUCUCUCGGUACCACAACCCAGUCUUUGGAUGGAUAUAACACGAAAACUGUGACCCAUAGAUGGGUGAAUGCACAAGGGUUGUAUACCUUCACUGAAGGCAGUACCCACCGUUCAAUUUCAAAUUCAUUAUCAUCUGACUGUACAUGUAUACAACCAAACAAAACAACUUUUCUUUCCCUUGCCAGUUCGCUCUACAGCACUGUUCCUAUAUGUUUUCAUUCAUCCAGGAUUUACCGCACAGCUACCUCAGUCUAAGGACAAAUCUGAAAUAAAACCAUAAUCUACAGACAAUACACAGCAGGUCAGGCAGCAUCAGUAGAGAGAGAAAUAUUUAACACUCGAAGCCAAUGACUUUUGCUGGUAGCUCGUUUAAGACCAUUUGGCCCAUUGAGCCUGCUACCCCAUUCCAUCAUGGCUGACUUAUCUUCCCCCAUCAAGCCCGUUCUCCUGCCUCCACGGCCGACUGUGGAAAUGAAUUCCACAGAUUCACAAAGAAAUUCCUCCUUGUAAAGACACAGAGUCUAUGGAAGUGAGGCAAAGCAGCAUCAACUUCAUGGACCCUGUACAGAUUACGCAGGAGGAGGUGCUUGCUAUCCUGAGGCAAAUUAGGGUGAAUAAAUCUCCUGACAAGGUGUUCCCUUAGACCCUAUGGGAGGCAAGUGCAGAAAUUGCCGGGGCCUUAGCAGAGACAUUUAAAUCAUUCUUAGCAACAGAAAAGGUCACAGCGGACUGGUGGAUAGCUAAUGUUGUUCCGCUGUGCGGGAAAGGAUCUAAACCAGGGGAUUAUAGCCCUGAGGUUGGGUGGGACUACAACCAGAGGUCGUGGGUAAAAGGUGAAAAGCUUAAAGGGAACUGAAGGGGAAACUUCUUCACUCAGUGAGAGUGUGGAAUGAGCUGCAAGUGGAAAUGGUGCAUGUGAGUUCUAUUUCAACAUUUAAGAGAAGUCUGAAUUGGUACGUGGAUGGCAGGGGUUUGGAGGGCUACGGUCCCAGUGCAGGUCGAUGGGAGUAGGCAGAUCAAAUACUUUGGCUCAAACUAGAUGGUCUGUACUUUCUGCGAUUAUCUCUCUUCUAAAGGGAGGUCCUUGUAUUCAGAGGUUGUGUCCUCUGGUCCUAGAAUCCUCCACUAUUGGACACAUCCACUCUAUCUAUGGCCCUUGAAUAGUCACUUAUCGCUUUCAGUGUAGAGCUUAAACCUGUCUAUAACAGCAAUAGCUUGCAUUUUAUCAUUAAUAUUGUAAAUAUCCCCAAACAAGCUUAAACACAGACAGCAGGGGUAAUAAAUACAUAAAAGCUGAUAAUCUAAACUGUGCUGCAGAUACUGAGCUGAUUUGGCAGUGUCAAUGGAGAUAGAAGCAGGGGUUAAUGUUCUCUGUCACUGACACAGACCUGGGAAAGCAAGUUCAAGAGUGAGAAGGGUUGAGGGAGAAUGAGGUAGAUAUCCGAUAUGCCAAUGUUUAAAAAUUUUGAAAGGCAGCGAAGUCUCAAGGGGAAAUUUCCAAGUCACUAACAGGAAAGAGUGCAGAGAACAUUUGCAAGGACUUGAUUUACUGCCCAUUAUACCACUGGUAUUUAAGGCAGCAGUGAAGAUCUACCAUCUCUGGUGGUGUUCAGGGCUUCCUUCAUCAUGUCAGUAGCUUCCUCUCGGUUUUCACUACUGUCAAUGGUGUAAGUCCCAAGUGGAGACCCAGGAAUUCCGUCGCACUCCCAGUGGACCACUCUUAGUCUGGCUUCUAUUCUUUGACCUGUUUGGCAUGGGUGACCCUACCAAGAGCCAAAGCACGAAGCCCUGACUCCAGCCAACAAAGCUCUCUGGGCCAUUGAGGCACACAAACCUUCCAUCCCAACAACAAGGUUGUGAUCCUCUUGGAGGACUGGGACUUGAGGUCCUGAGUCAUGAGGAAAGAUUGAAUCGAUUAGGGCAAGGGGAAUGAGGGGAGGUCUAGAUAGGUAAAUGCAACCAGGCUUUUUCCACCGAGGUUGAGCGAGACUAGAAUUGGAGGUUAUGGGUUAAAGAUCCAAUGUCUUGUAAAGCCUUAGCAUUAUAUCCUUGGUUUUAUAUACUAGAAUAUAAAAUGAAUGCUAAUAGCACAUUUGCCACCUUCACCACAGACUCAAGCUGCAAGUUAACUCCAGAAUUGCAUCCCAGGGGGAUGGCAAGGUCUCCACGGUGAUGCAGAAGGAACUUGGUGAAGGGUCAGUCUGGGUCCAGUGGUCAGCUUGCCCUCAGCUCCUUGACUUUAACCCCCACCAGAUGCUUUGAUAGGUUUCUCCCCAUCCCCACCUGUCACUUCCUGGAUCAGGUGGCCACUCUAGAACUAGCGGUCAUAGGUUAAGGGUAUAAAAGGUGAAAUGUUUAAAGGGAAACGUCUUCACUCAGAGGGUGGUUAGAGUGUGGAAUGAGCUGCCAGUGAAAGUGGUGGAGCAAGUUUGAUCCCGUCUCAAGAGAAGUUUGGAUAAGCACAUGGGUGGCUGUGGUCCAGUUGCAGGUCGAUGGAACUAGGCACUUGGACGCAGACGAGAUGCAUUUACAAGGAUGUUGUCGGGACUUGAGGACCUCACUUAUAGGGAAUGUUUGAAUAGGUCAAUGGACUAGGCCUGAGGUUCCCAACCUUCUUUUUCCUGCUAUGGACCCAAAGUUGGGAAGCCCUAGACUAGAUAGACUGGGGAGCCUGUUUCUGUGCUGUUGUGCCCUAUAACUCUAGCAUGCACUUGAAGUUAAAACAGAGGCAAUGAUACUUCAUUAGAAAUGCAAAUGCAAGUUACUAUCGAUGGGUUUUGGUCCGCAAGCUAUUCAAAGGAAGGUAGAAGAGCAGGAGGCUGGAAAGCAGGCCUUGUGAGAGCAGAGGAGACUUGUGAACCCUUUCCAUCCCUCACUGAGACAGCGCAGUGCCAGCAGGUGAGCGUGCAUGAGUGGACAGGCACAAUGGGAGCAGACGUUGGCAUCAGACCCACUCAAACCCUUGUCACCCCGACUCUCUUCAAAUUCUAACGUGUUCCCAAACUGCACAUACAACACUGAAAAGAAUUCAGCACAUUUACUGCAUGUUAAGAGAAAAACCCUGUAGAAAUAUCCUUACUGUGUCUAAUGUAACUUCCCAUGGUGCUACAGAUCUAGGUACCAACGUUGCAAUUACGCCUCGACAUUUCAAAGCGUUACACAUCGAUCCCCAGAGAACAAAACCUAGGAGAAAAUACCUUGAGGGCAUUAAAGCAAGUAGUUUUUAAUUUACUUUUGAUUUUUUUUUGUUUCUUGGAUUUACAUGUAUUAGAGUUUUGAAAGUUGUCAAGAAUUGUUCAUUAGUUUUUGAGGAGUUUUCACAAUCUGAUUGGUGCAGAUGACAGGCUGAGGCUUGACGGACAUAAGAACCAUCCACUGUAAGAAACAUAGAAACAUAGAAAAUAGGUGCAGGAGUAGGCCAUUCAGCCCUUCGAGCCUGCACCGCCAUUUAUUAUGAUCAUUGCUGAUCAUCCAACUCAGAACCCCGCCCCAGCCUUCCCUCCAUACCCCCUGACCCCUGUAGCCACAAGGGCCAUAUCUAACUCCCUCUUAAAUAUAGCCAAUGAACUGGCCUCAACAGUUUCCUGUGGCAGAGAAUUCCACAGAUUCACCACUCUCUGUGUGAAGAAGUUUUUCCUAAUCUCAGUCCUAAAAGGCUUCCCCUCUAUCCUCAAACUGUGACCCCUCUUUCUGGAUUUCCCCAACAUCGGGAACAAUCUUCCUUCAUCUAGCCUGUCCAAUCCCUUUAGGAUCUUAUACGUUUCAAUCAGAUCCCCCCUCAAUCUUCUAAAUUCCAACGAGUACAAGCCCAGUUCAUCCAGUCUUUCUUCAUAUGAAAGUCCUGCCAUCCCAGGAAUCAAUCUGGUGAACCUUCUUUGUACUCCCUCUAUGGCAAAGAUGUCUUUCCUCAGAUUAGGGGACCAAAACUGCACACAAUACUCCAGGUGUGGUCUCACCAAGGCCUUGUACAACUGCAGUAGUACCUCCCUGCUCCUGUACUCGAAUCCUCUCACUAUAAAUGCCAUAAAUGUAAGGUGGCAUGGCACAGGAAGGGGGUGGGAUGAGAAUAAAACCUCCAGAACAACCAACAGUAACACACACAAAAAUGCUGGAGAAACUUAGCAGUUCAGGCAGCAUCCACAGAGAUGUCAAUGUUUUGGGCCGAGGGCCAGUGGGCUCGAUUGCAGCAACCAAACUUGUUAUCAAAGGUUAUAAGUAAUAGAAAAUAAUAAACGGUCGACACUUUGGGCUGAUGAAGGGUCUCGGCCCAAAAUGUUAAUUGUUUAUUCCUAUUCAUUUACCCGCUGAGUUCUUCCAGUAUUUUGUGUGUGUGUGUGCGUGUUGCUCUGGACUUCCAGCAUCUGCAGAACCUCGUGUUUAUACAUUAAUGUAUGUCAUGGACUGAAAUAACUAAACAGGAAAUGUUACAAUGUGCUGUGAACAGUAAUUCCUUCUCACUAUUCGCCAGAACAAGAAUGGAACUCCCUUACCCCACCAGCCGCCCUGUACAGGACAGGAGCCUCCAUUGCCUGGCCUACAGAUUCCCAACUCAGUCUUGUUGACAACAGCAUAAUUUCUCAUCGUAGCGCUAAGUGCCCGGAAUAAUAACCUGUGGUGUCUUAAUUAAAUGUUUUUAAGUAUGUAAUCUCAGUACUAAAGGAAAUAAAGUAAAUGUAAAUAUUUUACAGAAUCGUUCCUUUUAAUAACUUAAAGGAUGUUGCCAGGUCUGGAGGACCUGAGUUAUAAGGAAAGGUUGAAUAGGUUAGGACUUUAUUCUUCGCAGUGUAGAAAAUUGAGAGGAGAUCUGAUAGAGAUAUACAGAAUUCUGGGGGGUAUAGAGAGGAUAAAUGAAAGCAAGCUUUCCCCACUGAGGUUGAGUGGGACUACAACCAGAGUUCAUGAAUUAGGGGUGAAAGGUGAGAAAUUUAAGGGGAACAUGAGGGGAAACUUCUUCCCUCAGAGGAUGGUGAGAGUGUGGAUCAGGCUGCCACCGCAAGUGGUGCAUACGAGGUUGAUUUUGACAUUUGAGGGACUUUUGGAUAGAUACAUGGAUUGGAGGGCUAUGGUCCCAGGGCAGGUCAAUGGGAGUAGACAGUUUGAAUGGCUCGGGCGAGACUAGAUGGGCUGAAGGGCCUGUUUCUGUGCUGUACUUGUCCAUGACUCAUCCCCCAAUUCUUUCACUCACCCCGAGUAGUUGCAGAAAUUCUAAACACGUGGAUACAAAACUUGCUUGUUUAUGGGACAGUUUGUGACUGCAGGCUGUCCUGAACUAAUGUGCACUGCAAAGUCCCACCAACCUGACCCUGAGGUUGGAUCAGGGAUAAAGCAGCAAAUGCAGGACUGCAAGCAGUCACCUAGCCUUUUGGACCUUUACACAUCCCCAUUUGGAAAGUCAUUGUUCUAAGAGAAAUGCACAAAGGAACUGGAGGGACUUGAGUGUGUGGGGGGGGCGGUCAGGCAGCUUCUGUGGAGGUUCAGGUCAAAACCCUUCAUCUGCUCUAGAAUAACAGCUCAGAAACAUACAUCAACAGUACUUUGACUUUGAGGAAAGAACGCUAUCUCUUACUGAGCCACGGUAAUACCCUGUAUUAUCUACAGCCUGAGAAAAUUCUGUUUAUUUAUUGCGAUAGAGUGCAGAAUAGACCAUUCCGGCCCUUUAAGCAACAUUGCCCAGCAAUCUCCUGAUUAACUACAAGACAAUUUACAAUGUCCUAACAAUCUUUGGACUGUGUGAGGAGACAGGAGCUUCCAAAGGAAAUCCACUCCACCAUGCAGCACAGAAACAGGCCCUUCAACCAUCCAGCCCAUGCCGAGUCCCAUCGACCUGCAUCCGGACCAUACCCCUCCAUACCUGUCCCAUCCAUGUACCUAUCCAAAUUUCUCCUAAACAUUGCAAUCAAACUCACAUUCACCAUUUGAGCUGGCAGCUCGUUCCACAUUCACACAGCCCUCUGUUUCUCCUCAGGUUCCCUUAACUAUUUCACCUUUCACCGGUAACCUAUGACCUUUAGUUCUCAUCUCAACCAACCUCAAUGGAAAGAGCCCGCUUGCAUUUACACUAACGUUAAUUUAUUACAUGCCAUGUCGUAUGACGUGGGUGAUCAUGGUCUUUCAGUGACCAUAAUUGAUCUUGGCAAUUUUUUCUACAGAAGUGGUUUGUCAUUGUCUUCUUCUGGGCAGUGUCUUUACAAGAUGGGUGACCCCAGCCAGUAUCAAUACUCUUCAGAGAUUGUCUGCCUGCCUGGCAUUAGUGGUCACAUAAUCUAGAUUUGUGAUACACACCAGCUACUCAUAUAACCAUCCACCACCUAUUCCACACUAUCUAUAGCCCUCAUAAUUUUGUAUGCCUCCAUCAAAUCUCCUCUCGGUCUUCUACAUUCCAAGGAAUAAAGUCCUAACCUAUUCAAUCAUUUCUUAUAACUCAGGUCCUCCAGUCCUGGCAACAUCCUUCUAAAUUUUCUCUGUACUCUUUCAACAUUGUUUACAUCUUUCCUGAAGAUGAAAACCACAUGCAAUACUCCAAAUUAGGCCUCACCAAUGUCUUAUACAACUUCAACAUAACAUCCCGUCUCCUGUACAUAAAUCAAAGUAUUGAGAAGGACAACGUGUCGGAAGUUGUAACUACACAUCGGCUUACGGAGCAGUCACACAGGCUUUCUGGCUUCUCCACCAAUCCAGGAGUCACUGUGUCUGACUGGGAGUAACAGCCCUUCCUGAUUAACAGGCCUCACGCCUCUGGUCACUGGCGUUAUGCUAAACUACUGUGUCGCUAGAGGAACAAGCUCUGGCUGGUGAUGGGAAGAGUUAAACCAGAAUAACACACACAAAAUGCUGGAGGAACUCAGCAGGUCAGGUACAUAAAAACAUAGAAUAGUGCAGCACAGUACAGGACCUUCAGCCCACAAUGUUGUGCUGACCCUCAGACCCUGCCUCCCAUAUAACCCCCUCCACCUUAAAUUCCUCCAUAUACCUGUCUAGUAAUCUCUUAAACUUCACUAGUGUAUCUGCCUCCACCACUGACUCAGGCAGUGCAUUCCACGCACCAACCACUCUCUGAGUAAAAAAGCUUCCUCUAAUAUCCCCCUUGAACUUCCCACCCCUUACCUUAAAGCCAUGUCCUCUUGUAUUGAGCAGUGGUGCCCUGGGGAAGAGGCGCUGGCUAUCCACACUAUCUAUUCCUCUUAUUAUCUUGUACACCUCUAUCAUGUCUCCUCUCAUCCUCCUUCUCUCCAAAGAGUAAAGCCCUAGCUCCCUUAAUCUCUGAUCAUAUUGCAUACUUUCUAAACCAGGCAACAUCCUGGUAAAUCUCCUCUG